CCCCUCGUAUCGGCGUUGAAGUUCUGAGUCGCCAAACCGCUCCUGCCAUCUCCCACGAGCUUAUUCAGCGCAAGUGACAUCAGCGCGUCUACAGUCUCCGACCGUUCUCCGUUCGGAACGGCUCCACGCUUAUACUCCAGAGCUCUCCACGCACAACUCUCGCCGUCAACUAGUUUCAUCCACAAUGCCAUUCUUGCGACUCGGGUAUAAACAAAUCCACUAUGCGGAUCUUCGUCCGGACAAGGAGGUCAAGGAGACGUUAAUCUUCAUGCACGGUCUUGGAUCUUCAGGAGGGUAUUACUAUGCCGUAACCCAAGGGUUGCUCGCACACGGUUUCCGAUGCAUAAUCUUCGAUAAUACGGGCGCAGGUCAAUCACCAUAUACCUUUGUGGAGCAAAGUAUUGAGACUCUGGGAGAUGACAUCAUUGGCAUCUUGGACGCGUUGGAGGUGUCUAAGGCUGUCGUUGUUGGGCAUAGUAUGGGCGGCAUUGUCGGCGCACACCUCGCCGCAGAACGAAACGAUCGGAUUGUGGCUGCUAUUUUGAUAGGACCCGUAUACCCAAACGCAAAUAUGGUCCCUAUAUUCGAGAAGCGUAUAGAGACCGUCGAAAAGAACGGCAUGCAACUGAUGGCGGAUACCAUUCCGCAUGCUGCUGUCGGCAACAAAGCUUCACCUCUAGCCAAGGCAUUUAUUCGCGAGCUGCUGCUUGGGCAAGAUCCUGCCGGAUAUGUCUCCAACUGCCGCGUUAUUGUGAAUGCGAAGCCACCAAACUACAGCAAGAUCAACAUCCCAGUUCUCAUUUUGGCAGGAGAAGACGAUAAGAGUGCGCCACUCGAAGGCUGCACGAAAAUGUUCGAGGAGAUCGGAACGAGUGAGAAGAAGUUGGAAAUCAUGCCAGGCGUGGGUCACUGGCACUGCCUCGAGGCGGUGGACGAAGUCGUGCAACUAAUCCAGGCAUUUUAUCACGAGAUUCAAUAA